GCAAAUUAUGGCUUACAAUGUUGUUGGAGAAAUUGGGAUAUUUAUGUAUUUUGAAAUAAUCAUACAAAAAUGAAGCUGACCUUUAAAAAAGUUCUUCUGUCAAAUAAUCGAUGUGCUAGAGACUUCGGUUCCAAGCGACAGUUUUAAAAUUUUAUCUUUUCUCUGUAUAUUGUGCCAGUUGCUAUAUGUAUUCUAAAAAAUUUAACAAUACAUUUAUUUUUAAUAAGCAAAGGCACCUAGUCAGUUGCAAUUUUCGCCGAAAAUCCCACAAAAAUCUUCCACGCACCAGGCGUCUCCAUCGAUGUUUCUUUUUAUUUUUCAUCUUUUUUUUAUCCUCUAUUAAUUUGUUCCGAAAUUUUACUAUGAGUUAGUGUAAAUUAUACGAAACGAAAAAAAAAUCAAAACAAUCAAAACAUUCUCCCGCAAUAUAAUAUAUUCUCUGCAUUGUGUUUCACGCUGAGCAAAUGUGAGAAAAAAAGGGAGCACAAAAAUCACCCUCCCCCCUUCUUUAAAGCAAGAGCUUUUUAGAGUUUGCUCAAGAAAUACAAAAAGCUCGCCAUGUUUACUCUCUUUUUCGCCCUUUUUCUUUCGUCCGUGUUGUGCGAACUCUUUUGCUCGCAACUCACAACCGGUGAGAAACAAGUGAAUGAACACGCGAGCCGGAUGAGUGCUCACCCCCCUUUUUUUGUUGUUGUGUGCCGCAAAACAAAACAAAACCACCCUUUCGUCGUCGCAUACGGUACACGUUCGCUUGCGUAUAAUUGAGCCACCCUGCAGUUUGUUGAGUGAGGCUUGUUCCGACUCGCUCUUUCGCUCUCCCAGUUACGGAAUGAAUACUUCCCGGGUGUGUACUAGCACAAUUCGCGGACACGGGUUUUGUGUGUGCCCGCUGGAUGCGGUUACUGGUACGUCAGUUGUUUGCCCCCGCCACGGCACAAGAAAGGCGUCCGCUUUGGUACUCAGCUGAUUUAUCAUAUCGCGUUUGAACAUAUCGCUACAAAAGUUACCGGAAGCGAACGGCGUCCCCCGGGGUGCUAAAUAAAACAGACAAAAAAAAAACCGCGGAACUAUAACCCUUAAUUUUGUGUCACAUUUUUGUUGUGGUCCCCACGUGUAUGUGUGCCGUGGCUGUUGAUUCUAAAAUGUUGCCCUUGCUGCAUUGCGGUGGUAAACCGAACGAAUUAUUAGAUUUUUCGGGCCUUUGAGAAAGUAUAUUAAAACCGCGUAGAAAACAGUGUUACGGUUGUGUGUGUGUUUGUGGCGUUUUUUUUUGGUACGAGGCUCUUUGUAACGGUAUUUUAGUUUUUUUUAUGUAUUGAAUUUGAGCCGGAAAAUUGAAGAAAAAAGUGAAAAACUCUUUAUUGAUAAAUCAUUGAGAAAGUUGGUUGUUUGUCCGUGGCUCAAAAGCACACAAGAGCUUGCGUGAAAACAGGUGUGAAAAGUGAGUGUUUGCGUUACGGUUUUACGUUACGUUUUGGUACGAAGUUUCGGAAAGUGAAUUAAAAUGAAACCAUUACGAAAAGUGAAUUUACAAGAGAGAAAUUAAAAUGAAACUAACGAUUUGCUGCUUUUCUUUUUGUGACACCCAUACGAUUAUGCUUCCCCUGAUAAGUCUCCAGAAGAAUAUCUACACCUCCAACAUAACACGCAACACCCUUUUUAAUGGAUGGAUGAGUCAUUUUUACAACGGCACAUAUAUUGCACCGGAUCUAUUUGGAACCCGGAUUUUGGCAGUAAUGCGUAUGUGUGUUUUUUUUUUGCGCAACAAUCACUCACCAGCACACCAACAUAAACGAUAAAUGUGAAGUUAAAAACGGCGAAAGUAAGCCAACCCGGCUGUUGGUAGCGGUGUUUGUGUGUGUCUAGUGAGUACACGCGUGAAAGCUGACUAAAUGCGCGAACCCACACAAAAAAAAAAAUAGCGCACGCACGUGAAAGUAAGGCUGAAGAGCAGAAACCGUUUGGACACUUACUCUGUAGGGUGGUACAAGUGUCUCAUUGUUGAGGAAUCGUUUUUUUAUGAAGCAAGAUGAAAUCUUCCUUUACCGAAGACAAAGUAAUGGAGGAGUCCUUAAGAUUUUACCCCUCCCCCUUUCGUCACUUGAACUUCACCUAUUUGCUUUGAGCUUCACUGGAGCGGAUAAGUGAAUCUUGUAAGUGUUUAAGUGUGGUUAGAUUUGAGUUCGGGUCAGACGAUUCGUCACUUCGUCUGAGUCAUCCAGACGUAUAUUGGGGAGGGAUUGGGGAAAACACAAUCAGAAGGCCUGUCACCCGAAACGCACCAAUCGUAAACUUGGACGAUGGAUUCCCCUUUAGAUCCCCACACUGUAAUGUAUUAGAGAGGAGCGAACACCAAACUGCAUGACUCAUGAUUGUGCUCAGUGAAUAUUAAACUGAAACUCCCUCCACUAGAGAAAGUAGUUUCGCUAAACCCAUUCCGUCGGUGGGUUGGAUGGAUGUUUUUUUUUGCUAUUUGCACCCUUUUCGAGUGACCUUAAACAUGAGUGUUUUUUUGAAGAUGUCAUCAAGAAAAGGUUACUGACAUUGAAAUGGAAGAUUUAUUAAGCGAUUGAUGUCAUCUGGCUUGUUCAAGCUGGGAAUGAAACUCUUGCAAACGUUCUUAGAACAUUCGUGACAUAUUGGCGAGAAUGUUUCAUUGCACAUUGGCAUGUAAUUAAAACAUUGACCUUCGGUCGAACACUUUUUGCGUGCAAAAAUAAAUUUAGCUGCUUUUCUCUCUCCCUCUGCUCCAGUGACUCAUGCAAGUAAUUGUGAGGCAAGUGACGAAACUUGCGGUUGCGUUCACCUUUUUUUGUUUGUCAGCCACACGCACUAGCGGAAUGGUUUGUGGUCACACAAAAGAACAAUUCUGGGUACUACUCUACACCUUGUGUAUAAUGCUUACCUUUCGGAGGAGAAAAAAGCCCCCCUUUUCUCAUGAAAGAAAAAUCAUCGAGGCUAUUCGGUAUAUGUUGCUAACCAUUGUUACUGAUUUGCUCCUAUAACUGAUCAUGAUACAAAGGAGCACAUUUGAAAACCAUAUGGGAAAAUUAAGGGGGCGAAAUCUCAUCAUUAUCCAGUUAGUUUAAUUUAUCACCGGAACGGUAUCAUCUUCCCUCCGAACCAAACGAUCGCAUAAGCGGCGCAUAUUCGGUUUUUAUUGUUGUGCAUUUUUUGUUGUUGUCAAAUAAAUUUUCCAUCUCAUUGUAUUGCUUCCUUCCAUAUUCCAAUAAUCGAAACACCGGUACGAAUAAUAAUAAAGACAUUAUCCGUUUGUUUUGUAUUCGAUGGUAUGAGACGAACUUAUCUCUCCCAUCCACGAGGGUGACCUUUUUGGGGCCAUUUUUCUUUAUGCAAGGUGUAGUACUGAGUCUGUUUUUUGGGGGACGAUGGGGCGAAAAAACAUAAUCUACCUUUUCUCCAACCUUUCCGUUGUUUUCGUAACGUAAAAUUCGUAUAUUCUUUUUUUACACAUUCAUAGCUGCACCAGCUCAUAGCCCAGAACGAGAAGAGUCACAAAGAAGCUGUCUCUCGUAUUCUUCUGCUCCUUUUGCUGUACGGGCGAUUAAUAUUUUUGUGACGUGGAAAACUGUGGAAGAGAAAAAUGGACUUAAAUCACGUCCAAUUAGGCGGUGGAGGAGGAGCGUUUUUUUUUGCUUAAGAGGACUAUAAUCUUUUUCCGCCAACUGAUAUAGCACCAUUUCACCAUCGUAAAUGUUCAUCUUGUUUGGUCCACACUUUGGGCCAAAAAUUCUUUCUGCUGUCUUCUUGCCUUUCCGCCAAAGAACAAGAGAAGAUGAGCGGCUCGGAACCUCAACUCUACGUGGUUGAAAUUGGGAAGUGUUUUUUUUUCUCUCAGCUUCUUCUUUGUAGUAUCACUCGUCCUGCGUUCACCAAUGGUGGCAGAUGGGUACUUCCUUUUUUUUAUUUCGAUUCUGAAGGUUCUUCAACCUUUUGUGAAUGGGGAAUAAAAAUUUCUUUUUUAUUACUGCACCCCACCGGAACGGAAGUGUAUGAUCAGUCGUUUGCUUCUGUUUAGUAUUUUUCACUGCUCGGCCGAGGUUGUAACGGUGUAGUGGACCCCGUUUGAGAUGGAAUUAUGCGUGUUUUAUUUGGGUUUUUUUUUGUUUGACGAUGUGUGAUGUGGUCGAAUGAUGUUCGAAACUCUUCCUUAUUCGGACAAUCAUUCGGUGUCAGUUAGUUGCAGACGACUGCUAAUGUGCUUGGGAAAAAUAAAUUAGCAAAACAACCAUUUUCUCUAUUUAUUUGCUGUCAUUAAUUCUAAUGUAGUUAGAAUUUCUAUCAGAGCCGGUGACUUAUUAUUUGGAAAAGUUUAAAAUGAGCCACAUAAAAACUCCGUAACAUGGGUUGAAUAGCCUAAUUGAGUUGCGAAUUAAAUAUUUUAAUAUUAGUUUGUUGGAACAUAAAGAAUGUUACAAGCUCGAACUCUACACAACUCGUUCGGACACGUUUCUCCAUCGAACAGCUGGCCUUCACCGUCCAUAUGGUUUUUUGGGUGUUGGGUUGCAAAUUUUCCAACCGAUAGUUACCACCCCCCACCUUUGCGGCCUUUAUGUGUGUUUGUGUACCACGCGGUGCUAUUGUUGUGUUGUGUUUUUGAGGAAACCAAGUCACAAAUUGUACUCUGUCUGUGCCCGCGUUCCAAUUUUGCCGCAUGAUGUUUUCCCAGGCCUCAAGUAGAGGUGGGGGAAGGGGGAGAGAGAGAGAGAGAAUAAAAAAAAGUGCUAUACACGCUUUUCUCGCCGGUAGGCAUUUUUUUUUUCAUUGGAGCAUUGGAAAACGAAGAACAAAUGCGCAAUAGGAGGGCAAAGCAACAAAAAGAAGCGGAAACUAAAAACGAUAAAGCUAUCCAAGAAUCCAAGGUCAUUAGUGUGUUUUUUUUUUGGGGGGGCUUUCCAUUCGUCCUCACCCCCGACACACACAAAAGAGAAGUUGGGUGUGGGGACGCUAUCGUUUCGUUACGUUUGGAAACGAUUUUCCACGAGCAUAAAACAUUAGUUUCGUUUUGCUUUGGCAUUUCUUCUUGACUUUUUCGUUAUUUUUUUUUGUUAUCUUACCCUGUUUGAAAAAGGUUUUUCCAAAGCACAAGCACGAUCACAGCGCCAUACCAUACUUUGAGGGAAACAGUUUUGUAUGUGUGUGCGAAGUUCUUGUUUAUCUGCAGUGGCAGAAAAAGAAGCAACAGCAAGCACACAUACACACAAUAGGAACUAUAAAGAGAACAUGGAAAAAUGGUGGAAAAAUAGCCACAAUUGGAACUUUUCGUGACAAGACUAGCUACUCUAAUGGUGUUGGGUUUGAGGCACCAAAGCCCAAGAGCUUUGUUGGGGGUUUUUGCUUAAAGCUCCAUCAAACUAUACCGUCUCGAGAACGUUCUUCACCGUUCAGCGUUGUCUGUCCUGUUCGGCUCUGUAGUCUGUGUGCUCCUUGUGCCACCCAUCGGCACCGCCGAAAACUCCCCGAAAGUGUACACGUGCCGGAACGGAUGAAGGAUAAUUGAUCCUGUUGAUUGGUGCUGUCAGCUGCACAUGUUUGUGUCACUGCUUCCGAGACCCGAUUGAGAUAGCAGCGUAAUGUCACCGGAGAAAACUGGACACACUGCCGGUUGCUGUCUGCUGUGGAGCUAAUGAGCCGUGCUAAUCUAUUUGGAGAAACGAAAUUUGCCGCUUCAUUGACCAUAAUUUCGAUUCUUCACGUAAUGGAGCGCAAAUUUGUAGUAAAAUCAUUGACGGAUUAUUUUACAACCAAGCAAUAUUUUACCAAUAAAGCAAUAUUUGACAGUCACGAUAACUUGCACGGAUAGGUGGUACCUUCCGUGUUUUUGCGUAUUGCGAUAAGGUUCCCAAAGAUAAGUCUUUACAACUUUGAUACCUUAGCUCACGGGGUUAGUGCGGAAGCUGAAACCGAUUUUCAAGCAACUCAUAUUUCGUACAUGACGUUACAAUAACUAACACUGAUUUAUGACUUCGGCUAGCUGUUGGCCGAUUACUGAGGAGUUAGACAUUAGAACUAGAGGAAAACAAUCCCUUUUCCCGUUCGUACAUCGUUGUUAGAUAAUAGUGGACCAGAGUAAGAGCAAUAACAGUUGAAAACUCCACUAUCCCGCUUAGAACUCGACCUGACCUUGUGCUUGUUUUCGAUUGCGGGACGAAACCACUAUCGGAUAUUCCCGCUUAUUUCUUCCUUCCUACCAAUAACCCGCUGCGGCUGAAGCUGACGAAGGAUAUGAAUUAUUGAAGUCUCCUUUCAUAUGCCUUGUGAAACUGGGCACGUGGGAAUUUAGUGAAAUAUUCGCCAACCACACUGUGCCGUACAUUAUACUGAGGGCUAACUCUCGCUGGAUCCUAGAUUUGCACAAGGUCGACCAGUUGGCUACCGUCCAGCGGGCAUCCUUUCGCAUGGUGCGAAAGAUGGCGUGGGAACGGAUCGUUAGCCUCAAUGUCUGAUGUCCCCAUGUGGUGCACGUGCACCGGGAAUAAUGAAAUGAAGAUUUGCUAUUUUUUCGCUCUGGAAAUGUAAUAGCUGACCAACAGCUGCAUGAGGUUCUUGGAAUUUGUAUGUACACAACAUAAUAAAUAUCCUACUGGUUACAUUACAUUUACUGAUCAAAUAAUUGAGUAAGAUGUUGCUCAACAUUUUAUGCAAACAAUACCUAAUUUUACAGUUUGCUAUAUUGGUAGUGGCGAUUAGAGAUAGUGGCUUAAGUUUGUUGCCCAAAAACCCUCUAUUUGUUUAUUUAAUUCUACUGAACAGACGACAUUGUUGCCCACUGUUUGUGCCCAGCUCCACUAAACGUAACGCACCCUUUUCUGUUUGCAAUGUGAAUCACACACAUGUGGUGUAGUGGCUUAUCUCACGGCUUAAGCAAACAAAUAAGUCGCGAAAGAAGCGAAAUAAAGGAGGUGUGGUAGUGGUUUUACGACGUCGCAGAAAAUGUCAUCGGCUUUUUUUGGUGGAUCGCGCCAAUAUAAUGCCUUCCACUUUAUCCCUGAUAAAGUGUCGCUCUCCUCCCCUUCCAACCUCUCUGUCUCUGUAAUCUAUUUCGUAUCGAUUUGUGUGGUGCAAUCUGAUGGAAGAAAAAAAUAACGUUCCCCUUUCAUACGAUCCCGAAAAGAUAAGCAGUUUUGCAGCCUAGGGGAUUUUUUUUUAUUUGCGAUUUUAACUCUUCUUUAGUCUACCGGGCUGAAACGGUUGAUAGUGUGUGAUAGUCACCUGAUCGGUGAAGCUCUUCGGCUUCGAAGUUCGAACGAAUCCCGGAACGUUUCAAACACUUACAACAACACUAGCGUGCCCGCCAAAACAACAACCGCCUUUAGGUUGUGGUCGUCCCCCACUGUGUUUUGGGCGCAACACCCAACAGUGCGUCAUAUGCUGAUGCCUGUUGCCGCUUGCCGUCGUGUUGCGGGAUACACCGCGAAGUGUUCGAUGCUUAUCGCAACGUGACAGGGCAACAUUCGCGACAUCGCAAACACAGCUGCGAUGGGGUCUUGCGCUCAACCAACCUUAUCAGUUGACGAUUUGAUACCGUGAGCGAAGGAAGUGGCGAGCAGAUUGUCCCCCAACAGAACACCUUUUUUUUUGGGGGAAGAAAAAAGAUUUUAAAAUAGUUUUUUCGUAUUUUUGGUGUAUGUUUUUAAUAUAUUCUGGUGUGCUCAGUUUGUCCGGUGAGACCUCAAAUUUACCGGGAAGCAGAAUCUGUGUAUGUGGUGUGAAAAGUGGAACCAGCCCGAUAUUAAUGUGCACGGGCGACAAUGUUUGUGCACGGUUUCUGUUUGUUCCGGCAGUAAUACAAAUAUGAUCCAUCCGAUGAGGAACCAGCGCCCGUUCCAUUUCUUCCGCUGCGAGUACACGCUACGUCAUCGGAUGUCAUCAGCAUUCAAGUCGUCCAGACGACGCAAGUACAUUCAACGAUAAUAUCGUACCCCGUGCCCUGUGUAGUGUGAGAAGCGAGAAACAAAUAGUGUAACGCAAAAGUUUUCGGGAAGGAAGUAUUGGGUAUUGGAUCCAUCGUCAACUCCAUCAGUCAGGUGUGACUUCUGUGAUACAUUGCGUGGCGUUGUGAUACAAUCGUUAAACGGUCUCCUGUCUAAAUGCUGUAACUCAUCGUAGUGCAAUUCCAACACUUCGUCUACAGUUCUAGUCCCAAAGAACGGUUUAAGAAAACAAAAAAAAUAGUAAACGCCCCCGGAAGGAACUGAUACCGUUCCUGCCGUGCGGUAAAACUCAACCAAAGUGCCAAUGAAAAGUGUGUAUGAGCGUUCAUCACCUUCCAAGCUGGGCCUGAUCGAGUGUAUACUGUACCUGCGGAAGCCUAUGUGGCAGGUGGGGAUCGUACCGGCAAAGCUGACUGACGCACUCGGAUCGCUCGUGCGCUAUGCUCAGGAAUCUCUCAACAUCUUCUUCUGUCCGACAAAAGCCCGACGCAAGGAACGAGACGGAGAUUCGAAUCAGGGCGACACAAAGCUUUACCUCGAGGAAGGUUUAUUAGAGCGGAAGCUACCCGAUGCGGACCUGCGGUUAUUAGUGGAUCUACCUGCCGGUCUCGACUACAACGAAUGGCUUGCAUCGCACACACUUGCGCUGUUCGAGCACGUCAACCUCGUGUACGGUACCAUCAGUGAAUUCUGCACUACAUCCGGCUGUCCAGAUAUGACCGGCCCAGGAACUAGGAUGUACCUCUGGUUCGACGAAAAGGGCAAGAAGACGCGGGUGGCGGCCCCACAGUACAUCGACUAUGUGAUGACGUUUACACAGAAGACGGUCAGCGACGAGUCGAUCUUUCCCACCAAAUAUGCCAAUGAGUUCCCUAGUUCGUUCGAGAGCAUCGCUAGAAAAAUCGUACGAUUGCUGUUUCAUGUGAUUGCGCACCUGUACGCGGCCCAUUUCCGCGAGGUUGCCCUGCUCGGGCUGCACGCGCAUCUUAACCUCACCUUCGCGCAUCUGACCGCGUUCCAUAGGCGAUUUAAUCUGAUAGAAUCCAAAGAAACGGAAGUUUUGCGCGAUCUGGAGAUUGCGCUCCGCCUGACGGACGAUCCGACGGCCCCGGCGGCGGUCACCGACGGCAAGGCGGAUAGUAGUGCCUCGAUCGCGUCCACGACCUCGGCCUCGACCGGUACGACCAACACGUGCUCAUCCUCGUCCACGUCCUCGACCGCUUCCUGCUCGCCGCCGCUACUCCUAACCGCCGCCGCAGCUGCAGCCGCCUCCUCGACCGUGCCGCCCAACAACGGUGCGGUGACCAGUUGCUCCCCCUCCCAGCUACCCUCCUCCAACACCUGCAGUGCGGACAACAAUAAUAGCAGUAGUAGUGAGAGUGGACAUCCCACUAACACCAUCACCGUCCUCAACCAUGCGCUGAUCGAUGGCGAUGCGACGGCCCAGCCGAUCUGCAAGCAGCCGCUCGAAUCGGGCAGCGUUGUAAAUAGUAAUAGUCAUAAUCAUCAUCACCAUCACCACCACCAUCACCAUCCGGGAGGCGGUAAGGUGACGGAACCGUGUGCGACCGGUGGUGGAAGCGGUAGUAGCACGGGCAGCGUCGGAGUGACCGGAUGCGGCGUUGGUUAUAGUGUCGGAGGUGGAGGAGGAGGCGGCGGCGGUGGCGGUGGACAUUCAGGUGGGGCAAGUUCCCAGCAGUCGUCCAACACGCAGACAACGGCAUAGUGGAUACGUUGGACGGCGAGUGUUGGGGCCGGUGCCGGAACGAUGUUCCUGCUGGGCGGGGCGGCAUGUUGUGGGGCUCUCCAGGUGCCCACCCAAAUCUGACCAAAAUGUGAUCUUAAAACAAAACAACAAAAAAGAAGGAAACAAUGUAAAGGAAAGGAUAGUAGCAAACGUAUAGCUAUUGCCGAUGGCGAUGAAGUGUGUGUGCGAAUGUGCGUUUCGGUUGUAUGAUCAUUCGUUCCCUAAUCUUGUUUGUCUUUCAUCUUUUUUGUACGAACAAAUGGACCCAACCACAUCCACACACGAGAUCGCAACAACGGCAUUGGAGCCACAAACACACAGAACAGAACAAAGGGCGUUGCGUCAAUCUUACUUGUUUUUUUUAUAUAAAGCUAGGUACCAUUUUUAAGCGUCGAACAGUUGCUCGAACGGUUUUAACUGAACAUGAGUUAAGAACAACUGUCUUUCUGUCCUUUGUAGAACAGCUUUCGGCUUUUGUGGAGUAAUGUGUUAUCUUUGUUUGUUUUCUUUUUAUUAAUAUUUGAUUCGACAUUAACAUAAAUUAUUUGCAAAUUCUCUCUUUUUUUUGUUCUCGUAAACAUUUCAAAUUAAUCGUUUCGCUACUUCUGUUAUCUAAUUCUAGUUUAUUUUCAAUCGAUCCGUAUAUGAAUACGGCCUGUGAAAGAAUUGUGUCGGAAGUUUUUUUUUUAUUAUCAUUGUUUGCUGUUAACGUGUUUUAUCUACACUGAUUAUUCAAUUUCUUCCUUCGCAUCCAACUUAAAACCAGCAUACGAGUACGCGCUUAGAAACGUUACGGAAACAAACGGACUCCUCGUUGCUUGAGGAGCUUAUUGCUGUGAAAAUAAAACAAAAGCAAAUUAAACAAAACUAAAGCUUACAGAAAGAGAUAACACCUCUAUAAACCUCCUUUUCCUAUCGCGCGGAUAAAGGUGAAAGCAAAGAUCAAUUGUUAGGUAAACAAUAUAAGUAACACACAAACACACACGCAAGGUGAUAUACGUUUGUAUCUUCUUAGUCGCUGUUUAGUCGUCUUGCUAGCAAUGUAGAACAGGGAAAAAACACAAUUUUUUUUUAUUAUCUUUAUGUUUUUUUUGUUUUGUUCAUUUGCGUUUUUGUGUUUAGCUACUCUUUUAGUCUUCUUUCUAUUUUUUCUAUAUUUCUUAAACGCGCUAACUGCUGUUUCCUUGUUUUUGUUCUCUUCGUGCUCUAGGUUGUUUAAUUAAUUGCAUAUAGUUGAUGUAUACGUUUCUAGCGGUUUCUGUUUUUUCUUCCUUUUUAUCGUUUCGUCCUUCGCUCUAUCGACUGCCCCAACUUGUACGUGUGAUAGAGAGAACACUGGUUUUAGCUGUCGAAGAGAGUCAGUAGUAGUACUAGUAGUAGUAGUAGUUGAUGAAAGGAUUAGUUUAAACCCGCUACCAACCAACAAAAUGACCUUAAACUACUAAUAAUUCACACAUGUUAGAGAGAGAAAGAGAGAGGAACGUAUAAUUGUUAAUAGAGACACAUAUAAUAAACACACACACACAUACAACAAUAGAAUAUACAGAUCGAUGCGUGUGUUUGUUUGUGUGUGCGAACACUUAGUUGAGCGGCUGUUACAGCAAAUCCGAAUAUAAAAGUGAAAAUAGCCGUUUAGUAAAAAAAAGCGCGCGCUCGGACAGGCGGCUGCAUGUUAAUAGGUGAGUGAAAGGAAAGGCGUUUUUCUCCCCCGCAAAACAGCGAACACAUGGAAGCAGUUGGCAGAUGGAAUGUUUUCACAUUAAACGUAGAGAUCAUAUUGCAGCAAGCUAUAUACAUAUAUAUAGUUUAUAGGAGUGUACCGCAGCGAUUGCAAUCCGCUGUCCCUUGCGGUGACUGUAUAGAAAGAGAUAGUAAGAGCCUAUACUAAAAAAAACCGGCAGCACAGUGCAAAAGAAGCUGAACCUAAAAUAAAACAUAAAACGCUAAACAAACAAACAAACAAACACAAAAACACAUACACUGUGAAGUAUAAAAAAAACUACAACACAUAAGAAAGUGAGCAAAGAGAGAAAAAAUUAACAAGAAAGGAAAAAAACAAUUAGGUCUAUAAAAUAAAUAUAUAUAUAUAUAUUUAAUACAGAGGAUAUAGAGAGUCAACUUAUAGAAGGCAGUAAUAAUAAAACGAAAAAAUGAUAAACAAUACGGUGAAUGAAGCAAAAUGAAGUAACAGCUGGAGUGAGCAAAAGAGAGUCGAUAGUGAAAGAGUUGUGAAAACAACAUGCGGUUAGAGAGCGUGAUAAAAAGCGAGUGAUGAACGGUGGUGAAAUGGUGUUACAAUAAAUGUGAAAACUAGUGAAGAAUGAUGUAUAAGACGCAGUAUAAAAGAAAAUAGUGAGAAGCCGCGGGGACAAUUCACUUCCGCACACUUUGUUCUAGUUUUGCUAAAAGAUAAAACGUAUAAUGAUACACGAUAAAACAAAAGAGAAAACAAAACACACAGAAAAAGAAAAAAAAAAAGAAAAUCCUCCCUUAUCCGAUGGUCACGAAUCACGGGGAUGUUAAAUGGAUGGUUCGCAAGAAACAGGCACAGGAGCGAUGGGAUAGUUUAGUAACUGCGUUAAAGUGCGUGCAAAAAGAUACGAAUUACGCGAAAGGGGAAAAAUGGUUUAAACACGAAGAGGAAGAGAGAAAAAUGAAGAAAAAACUAAACAACAAAAAAAACACAAAAUUUGAUGCAAAUACAUAAUCCUGCAAUUGUUGUUAUUUCACGCUGUACGCGGUGUAGUGUGAGGAUUAUCGAAAGAAAACGAAUCGCAUCGUUUGAGUGGAUUGUUUUGUAUGUUGAGCUGUUUGCGGAUGUACGCGUACUCUAGAGCAUAACGGAAAGUCUAUGUUAUUUUAGUAGCGUGUGUUUUUGGCUCACUAUCCCUAAUGCGCCUAAAAAGAAGGAAAAUAGAGAAGAAGAUAUACGGUUAGUUUUGCUGCUUUUGUACAUUUCAUUUUGUCAUAUUUAACUGUUACAAAAAAAGAAUUAAUAAUGUUUUUAUUUUGCUUUUUAUUUUAGUUUGUUUUGCUCAUCCAUGGAAGCUUCAUCAUCAUCAUCCUCAUCACCAUCAUCAUCAUCAUCAUUAUGAACCUCAUCAUCAACAUGAUCAUGGCUGUAAAUUCCAAUGCUGUGUAUAAACGAGUGCGAAGAAGAAGCGAAACUUCAUCCCUUUCCUGGUAGAGCACGAUCACGUAUUUAUUAUUCUUUAUGUUAAGUUUAUGUUGCACGAAGCUAUCUAGUCGUCGUUCCCGAUAAACCAAUGUAGCGGUUGUUUUAAUAUGAAGCAGAAAAAAAACACACAACUUUGUGAUAGUGUAACGAGUGAUGAUUAUAUUUGCCCAUUAACGCUGCAGCAGGCACCGUACAGAGGAAACGUAAAAGGAUAACUAUACAAACAAAAAGAAAAACACAUAAAUUGAAUUUAUAAUUAUUUCUCAAGCUUUUCGUUGAACUAGUUGUUUUAGAAACUUUAAAGAAACCCGCAAGAAAAGAAUUAAAAAAAAAAACAAAAUAAAUCUUUGUGAACAGGAAAAAAGAAACAGAUAAAGCAAAAAAAAAAACGAGAUCAGCUAAUAGAAGUAUAAUGAAUAGUGAAAAUAUAGUUCAUUACUUUAGUAGAGAAAAAAUGUUAAAAAGAAAGAAAACUUUAAAGCAAACAUUAUCGAAAGGACAAAGUUCUUUAUAAACAAUUAAAAACAGUACAUGUAUGAUUUCAAGAUAAAAAAAGAAUUGAACAAUGGUUUACAUACACUAAGUAGAAAACAUUGAAGACUCAUCUAGCUGUGUUAGCAAAACCAUAGCUCACUUUGUUCUCAUUCAUGUGUUUCGAGUUUGGGUUUUUCAUGUAACGCAAGCUAAGAGAAACAAGGGAGGGAAAAGUUAGAAAAAGCAAGAAAUAAUAGCGCUACUAUAGGAGAAGAAAAAAAAGCGGAAUAAACAAAGAUACAGUUAUGCAUAGCAAGAAGAAAGGCAAACAUACAUUAUAUACACGUUGGAUAACUUUAGGCUGAUUGACAAAAGUGGCCUUUAGAAGAAAUAAUUGUCUAUUGCGUCCUGUGUCGGUGUUUUGUGUUUUAAAAACGAAAAGCUAAUACCAUCUGAAACUGUUACGUAUUACUCGGGAAACAUAAAACAGAUAAAAUCGCUCUUUAGAACAACAAAGUCAGAUAGGGAAUCAAUAGAACUGAAUAUUAUUGGGAAAUGUUUUUUGAAACAUUUAACCCGACACACUUGUCGCUCACUAUGUCUUUUCACAGCUAUUAUUCCUCUAUUUCGUUUUCCUUUAACCAUUCGUAACCAUAGGAAAGUGAGAAGGAAAAUUUUUACCCUGUAAAUAGACAGUUUUUUCUCGUGUAUUAAUAUAGAGUUGAAAGUUGAAAUAGUUUAACGAAAAACGAUUGUAGCAGAUGAAAUACGGGAAAAUGUUAUAGAAAUCACGCAAAACCCUCCCUACAUACACACCAUAUCAGUCUAAUCGCAUUCUCCAACGUUCCAACUCUUUUUAAGUUGUACGUUUCAUUUGUUUUCUUUUCUUCUUUCGUUGCUAGCAAACUAUUGCUUGUUUCGACAGUCAAUUGAAUAGAAAGGAAAAAAAAGGAAUACACUAUAACAAUUUCUUAUAAGAAACCUCUGAAAAAAAUAAAUAAACACUGCAAAACACCCAAAGAUGGAAACUGAAACAGUUGAACAUAACACUUACACAAAAAAGAGCAAAAGAACACGAAUUAAAAUCUACAGCGAUUUGGACACGCAGUGUGUGCUGAACGUGAAAGGAGAAACAGAAUAAUGAAAUUACUUAAAUCCCUUUUGCGCAGCUUAGCAUGUUAAAAGUGGCAAGCAGAAGAAGAAACAGAGAGCAAAACCAAAGCGAUUCUGAAAAUAAACAUAAAAUAAUUCAAUCGCAAAUUGGACAAAACAAAUAAAGCUACUUGUACGAUUUGCAAAACCAUGCGUAAGAAAGGCAGAUGCAAGAAAACAACACGAAGAAAGCAAGCAGAGAAAACGCGCCUAGCUGUAAAACAUUCUCGGCAUGAAAAUAAUAAUAAAAUACAUAAAGAAAUUUAAAAACA